AUGGGACCCGAAGAAUCCUAUCCACCGCCAUACCAAAACCCUCAAGACCACCCUUCGUCAACAAUAACCAUCCCACCACCCGCGUACAUCACGAUCGACCCAUCCAGCAGCGAAGAAGUCCACAAGCUCGACCACUUCCCACCCAAAUCCGACGACAUCGGAGCCAGCUUCACCAACCCAGCCAAGUCCACCGCCACCGCCACCAUCUCAGAACCAGAACGUCUCCACCAGCCCCCUGCAGCCCUACCCAAACCCAGCCUCUCAUUCAAGCCCAUCACCAUCCCCACCACCGCUCUCAAAGGCAAACGCAAACGCAACCCUCCCAACAGCAAUCCAUAUCCAUACGCAGGAACCCUACUCCGCAAACGUGAGCUCCCCCGCUGCCAUAACAUCACAUACCAAGCCUUCCAAUGCAUCCUCCAAUCUAAACCUCAACCCAGGCGUAUGCCCCUGCUCCAGAAGCAGUAUCAUAAUAGGAGUUAUCCUGCUCAGUGCCAUCGGCUUAUUCAUCGGCGGCCUAUGCUUUUUGCUCAAUUGGGAAGGUAAAACUGCAUUCCAUUCCCUUCUUCGUCUACGUUGAAGAAAAAGCCCCCGAAAGAAGACCCUGGGCUGAAAAUGCUG